AUGAUUAGACAAAUAUACUACCUGAUGCUGGGUCAAUUACCAAGAGUGGAAUGGAAGUUGUUUAUGUUUGGGGAUGAGGCAAGAGCUAAAGCUAAAUUCACCAUGUGGUUAUGUUUUCAGGAUAGGAUGAUGACAAGUGACAGGCUGACUCGAUGGGGAAUGCAGGUGGAUACUCUAUGCGUACUAUGCCAAUCCUAUGAUGAAAGCAGAAAUCAUAUGUUUGUUGAAUGCGAGUUUGCCAAGAGUAUAUGGAAGAGGAUACUACAAUGGAUGCAAAGGCAACCUUACUGUGCAAAUUCAUGGGACCAACAUUGGAAAUGGGGAGUGGAACAUGCAAAAGGGAAAUCAAGGAGUGCAACUGUCUUCAAAAUGGUAUAUGCUGAGACAAUGCACAUGAUUUGGAAUGAGAGAAAUCUCAGAAUCUUUGAGAAACGAAGCAGGGAAGUAGAAGAGUUAGCUAGAAAUGUUGCAUGUGUAUGUAAUGUGAGAGCUUCAGCUCAAACUAGGACACUCAUGCAGCAGCUUAAAUUGUGA